GAUCGGGAGGCGUUUAGGGGAGUAGCUCAACCAACCAUCCAUCCGCGGUUUUGGGGCUGUUUCGGUCAGUUUCGAGUUGGCUCUGAACCACGACGGUCGCCUUUUUUAUUAGUUAGUUCGAGUGGUUCGAAGCGAGCUCGGUCAGUUCAGGUUGGAGCGUGUAUAUGCAAAAAAGAAAAAAAAACAGACAGUCCGCCAAAGUGUUACUUUCUUCGUUAAGCAAGCAGAGGUGAAGCAAUUUGUCAACCGCAGAACGGGCCGCUCGCGUGUGAUGAAAGACGGAGGUAGAUUAUUCAAGUGCCCCUUCGGUCGGUCGGUUGUGUAAUAUGGUUUUUUGAAGAAGUGACGAAAGGAAAUAAACAUCUCAUGAUUUGCCUUUUGUGCGGUGGUGAAAAGAUAAAACGAUGCCCAUGUAACUAGUUUCAGAGGGCAUUGGAGAAACCUUUUUGUUCAUCCUGGUGAGAAAACGACGGAACGACUUGUGGAAGGAAUUAAAAGAUCCCAACAGUUUUUUUUUAUCUCGUGGUAAAUUUGAAUCAAACCGCAGUGAGUUCGUCGAUUUUUUGUUUGUUUUGUGCACUUACAUAAACAGCAUCCGCCAACGAGCCGAAUCGAACCGAGAGGACGGACUUGAAGGUGAACGAAAUACAAUAACACUAAAGACCGGAGGAAAAUGAGACCAAACUGGAUUAACGUUUCAAUAACUGCGUUGAUCGUGACGACGCUUGUAAUCGCAGUUUGCCAAGCGGAAGAUGGUGGCGGAGGAGGAGGUGGUGAUGGAGGCGGAGGGAAGCGAACGCCGACACUGAUUGACUCCGGGAUAAUCGGUCCGAGCAAGGUGGGCACGAAAGAAGGUUCUCGUUUACAGAGUACACCCAGCGGUGCGUCGACGAAGAAAAAACCAACGAAGCCCACGACCGCGGAUGAUGACGAUGACGAUGACGAUGAUUUCCUAGACUUCCUAGGCGAUGACGAUGAUGAUAGCGAAGACGAUGAGGAGGAUGACGAUGAUGAUGAUGAGGAAGAUGAAGAGGAAGAACCUGAGGAAGAGACGAGUACCGAUGGCGGUCGGAUUUGGUCACCGGAGGUGUUCAACAAGAUCUCCGAUACUCUGGGUGCAUUGAACACUGUGGGAAGAUACAUUGUCAACAUCACCAAGGGUCAGGAACCAGCGCAAGCCAAUGCGAUUAAUAAGGAUUCGAAAGAAAACAUUCCGAACGCGCUAUUGACCUUAACGAAGACGGUUCUGGGUCCGAAUGUUACCAAGACUUUCGAACCAUUGAUCAAACGGGUAGGAGGACCAGAAGUCGAACCAACGGUAAGUUCCACUACCACAAUCAGUACGAUAGCCACUACCGAGCAGACAGCCGUUACUGAAGCACUGUUGGUUGUUCAGAACAAGGAAGAAGUUGCGGCGGUGACGGCGACAAGCGAAAUGCAAAAGAAGAAGAAAAAGAAAAAGAAUAAGGUAAAACGAAAGGAUCCAACCCACGUAGAGACGACAAAGAAACCGCCGGUCAUCAGUAAAAUUGUUGAAUCGAGUAAAGAUUCGGAAAACCGUUGCACUACCCCGGAUGGACGUCCUGGACGCUGUGAGGAUCUCAGUACGUGCCCGGGACUCUUGUUGGAUCUAACUCAUCUCAGAGAAUCACUUUGUUUCAAAAGUUUGUUUGUACCGGGCGUAUGCUGUCCGUUGCCAGCAAGCACCGCUUUGACAACCUUGAAACCUACACCACGACCGAUAAUUCGUACAACUCCGCAGAGUUUAGUGCUUAGUCCCAUCACAACAAAGCCAACUACAACGAAACGUCCGUUGGUUCCUGUAUUCACGCUGCCAACAACCACGGAGCAAGGGUUGGCGGCAACUCUGAAACCAAUUGCGGACAAUUUCGUCGAUCCGGAAGAUUGUGGCCAGCAGGAGUAUUCCUCGGGACGUAUCGUCGGUGGCAUGGAAGCCCCGAUCGGCCAGUGGCCCUGGAUGGCAGCGAUUUUCCUGCACGGUCCCAAACGAACAGAGUUCUGGUGUGGAGGGUCGUUAAUCGGAACCAAGUACAUCCUAACGGCUGCACAUUGUACCAGGGAUUCGCGGCAACGGCCCUUCGCUGCCCGUCAGUUCACGGUCCGGCUCGGUGAUAUUGACCUCUCGACGGAUGCAGAACCGUCGGCUCCAGUCACGUUUAGGGUGACAGAAGUGCGAGCUCAUCCGAAAUUUUCUCGGGUUGGAUUCUAUAACGAUAUCGCGAUUCUGGUGCUGGAUCGGCCGGUACGGAAAUCGAAGUAUGUGAUUCCGGUGUGUACGCCGAUGGCGAAUCUGCCAUCGAAAGACCGGAUGGCGGGUCGCCGGGCAACGGUUGUAGGCUGGGGUACGACCUACUACGGUGGCAAGGAGUCCACGAAGCAACAGCAAGCAACGUUGCCGGUGUGGCGUAACGAGGACUGUAACCAUGCCUAUUUCCAGCCCAUUACGGACAACUUCCUGUGCGCGGGAUUCUCCGAGGGCGGCGUGGAUGCCUGCCAGGGUGAUUCUGGUGGACCGUUGAUGAUGCUGGUGGAGUCCCGCUGGACACAGGUCGGAGUGGUUUCGUUCGGUAACAAGUGCGGCGAACCGGGUUAUCCGGGUGUUUACACCCGGGUCAGUGAGUACAUGCAGUGGAUACGGGAUAACACUCAGAAAUAGUUUGCAGUGGGAGGGUAUCGCAGGGAUUGCGGGAGGGUUUGCUUCCCGCCAGAUGUCGCCAUAAUGAGAGAACGUAGGAUACAAAUGUGAUAGAAGUAAUGAAAGAAGAAGACACGAUUAUUUA